AUGGCUGAUCCCAGGCAUGCUGCGAGGACCCUCCCCAAGGUGCUCGCCUUGCAAGCGGCACAAAGAGGAGACCAGCCCUUUCUGCUGCUGCCCCGAGCACAAAGCAAUGGGAUCUCACAGAAUCAGGCAGCGGACGGUGCGCUCAAGUACCACACGGUUACUUUCAGCCAGUUUCAGCAAAUGACUUUUCAGGCUCGGGCCCAACUGGUCCAGGUGACGACUCCUUUGGGCGGCACAUGCCGCAUCAGGAAGGGCGACCGAAUGGCCAUUCUGGCAAGCAACUCCCCAGAGUACAUUGUGGCCACGUUUGCGGCGUGGCUGCAGGGGGCUAUGACUGUCAACCUCUCGACGCGCGUCGGAGACGAAGCGCUGCAGCACUUGGUGUCACAGUCUGCCCCUUCGGUGCUGCUGGUCUCGCAGGAGUGCGAGUCUGCGGCAAAGCGGGUGCUCAAAACGCUUGAUGUCCCAGACCGCCCGUUGCUCCUGCGGCUGAACAUGGGGGUGCUGGCAGGAGCGGUCGCCUCUGGCUCGAGUGUCCUGCCUCCGAUGUUCACGAUAGUCGUGGAUGGCGAGAUGAACGGCCACCCGACGCAAAGCAACGGUGCAAAAGAGAGCCACGUAGCCACCGUAGAAGUGGACGAUCGGGACUAUUCAGAGGCCUUUGCUCCGGCGGUCAUCAUGCACACGGGGGGGACAACCGGGCUGCCCAAGCAGGUCGUCCGUAACCAUGACAGCCUGAUCGAGCUGAUACGCAUGAUGCACGAUCUGGACCCCCCGUACGCUCCCCCGGGCACUUUGCCUACCCAGCUGGGCUGGAUGCCCCUCUUCCACGCGAUCGGGUUCAUCAUCGAAGUCGGCCUGCCCAUCUACUCGGGCUCGCCCUACUACUCGGCGAAAUUCGCGGCCGCGCCGUCCCCCGAGGGCCUCCUCCAAGCGAUUGUGGACAGCGGGUCGCAGCUCAUGUUCGUAGUCCCGAUCAUUGCCGAGCAGUGGUGCCACAUGAUCAGGCGGGAGGAGGAACAGCACGGGGAAUCCAAGACGCUGACAACUCUCUUGACACUGCACGCGCUUAUCUACGCGGGCGCGCCCCUGGCUGAGUGGGCCGGGUCGUUCUUGGUUUCAAAGGGCGUCCGCCUGACCACUGCUUUUGGGAGCACGGAGAUUGGCGCCGUGGCACUGGCGGGCCCCCGGUGGGCAGAUCACAUCCGGUUUGUGGAGAGCCGCGUACCUGGCCACGUCAUCCUCGGCGGUAUGGCCACACUCCCGGGGAUGGCGCAGGGUUACUUACAGUCGGUGGAUCGGGAAACCGGGAAGAUGAAGAUCCGCCCUCUCGCCCCGUCUCCCGACGAGCCCUACCAAACGGGCGACCUCUUCACGGUCUACCCACAUUCCUCGGACGGCCUCACUUGGAUCAAGUCCGUAAUUCGUGCGGACAACUUGCUGGUUCACACGACCGGGGAGAAAACCAACCCAACAGCCUUCGAGGGGGCUGUCCAGGAGCUGCCGUUUGUCAAGGAUGUGAUUGCGGUGGGGAGCGGCUACCCGCGGCCGGGGCUGGUGGUCAAACCGGAUUGGGCGGCAGUGGAGCAGCUGACACCGGUGGGUCAAGGCAAGGAGGAGUGGGUCCGUGGCCAGGUGUGGGCGUUGAUCCAGGCAAUCAACAAAAAGAUGCCGUCCAGCUCGUGGGUCGCGCGAGGGGCGAUCUGCGUUCUCUCGCCACAGGAUUCGGAAGAGGUCACGUUCCCGCGGACCGUCAAGGGCGAGAUAGCACGUGGCCCAGCGAACGAGCUCUUGAAGAGCCACGUGGCAGCUAUGUUCGCGGGUCUUGAAGCGCCUCCACAGAAGUCUGUCCUUCCGGUGGCGAACGGUGUACACACGAAGGUCAAGGUAGUUGCGUACGACAGAGUUUUGGACACCGUCCGCCGAAGAGCCGCCCAAGUGUUGGGGCUAGAUGCUCGAGAACUGGACGCUCAGCCAGGCGGUGAACCGCCCCGGCUUCUGGACCUAGGCCUCAGCAGUCUGACAGCAACCGAGCUAGCCCAAGCAAUUGCUGAGUACGUGGGCGUUCCUUUCCCGGCGACCAUGCUGUACGAGGACGUUCCUGACGUGGUCGCCCUCGCCGAGUGGGCGACCGCCGCCUUGCAAACCGAGGCGGAGCACGCGCCGCGAUCAAACGGGGCGGUCCCCAGUACCAAUUCUAACCACAGCCCCAACGGCAUUGCGCCUGAGGGCAAGGGAACUUUCCUCUUUCUGACGGGCGCUACUGGAUUCAUCGGCUCGCACGUGUUGAAGGAUCUCCUGAGCCGCCCCGCCGACGAAGUGGCGACCGUGGUGUGCCUGGUCCGCGGGCCCUCGGUCGCCGCCUGCCAGGCCCGGCUGCACCAAGCCCUGCUGCGUGCGGGCAAAGACCUCAAGUCCAGAACCGGCGCCCGGGUGGUCGUUGUGCCCGGCGACCUGCAGAAGCCGCUCCUGGGGAUGACUCCCGACGACUGGCGACUUUGGGGGGAGCGCGUUCACACCGUGAUCCACUGCGGGGCAGCCGUGCACCUGACCGCAGAGUACGAAAAGCUCGCGGAAGCUAAUGAGAAAAGUGUGCAAGAGAUCAUUCGCUUCGCCCUCCAAGGGGUGGGACCGCCAAAGCCCGUCCACUUCGCAUCCAGCGUGUCGGUGAGCUUUCUACUGGGAGCAACUCAGAAGAACGGAGAAGUGCGGAUCAUGCCAGAGGCAGUCGACUUUGUCGAGGAGCGCGGGGCAACCCGAAUGGGUUACGCGCUAACUAAGCGGAAAGCGGAGCUGGCUCUUAAGGCCGCGGCGCAGGGCACCAGCGUCCCCGUUUUUAUCUACCGGAUCGGGUUAGCAUUGGGUUCCACCGAGAACGACGGGUUGGGCGCCGCCGAUAACAUGUUCACGUGGCUGAUUCGGGCCGCGAAAACGUUCAAAAAGCUUCCUCGCCUGGGACCGAGUGCGUGGAUGGGCAUCCCCGUUGAUUACUUGGCGACCACGUGGGCCACCCUCUGCCUUCGCAACACUAGGGUCGUUCCGGACGAGCUCCCCGUUUAUCACUUGAUUCCGUUCACGCCCCAGAGCUGGGACGACAUCUAUGAGGCGAUGCGCAGCAACGGGCUCCCUUUCGAGACCCUCGGUUCAGUGGCCGAGUGGGCUGCGGACGUCCGAACGGCAGCGGAGACGGACCGCAAGCUUACCCAGUUCUUGCCGCUCAUUCCCCUGCUGGAGGGUCUCGCUGCAAGGCCGUUCCCCAGCUUUGCGACGGAGCGCACGCGCCGCGCACUGAAGAUGGCCGGAGUGAAUACGCCGACCCUCUUGAGUGCCAACGAGCUGAGGCUACUUGUGCAAGCGGUCGGCUGAUAACACUAGCUCAUGAAAUUAUCCGGCCGGACAGAUUCAAUCAACCGCCCUGCGUGUCUCAAAAGUCCUCAGCAAUCCGUCUUAGAUAUGUUCAUCAUUCAGGCGGCAGUACACCCGGCGCUGAUAGAUUAAUCCAACUGUCGUAGAAAGAAACAACUUGCACGCUGCUCGC